AUGGCUUCCGCCGCCGUCUCCUCCAUCUCAAACCAGGCCCAACCCGACUUCAAAGUCGCAACAUUCCCUGUAUCUCCUACUGACUCACGCAAACACCAUGUCAAAACGAUAUUAAACUACUACAAMCCCGCCGCAGACGGCUCACCCCCUCCACCCAGCAUCAGCGGCAAACCAGAAACCUAUGAGCGCGAAAGCGAACCCUUCGAAGUAACGGUACACGACAUAUCCGGCAACGAACUGGAUUACACACUUGACAAGAACGGGUUUCAGCUGUACUAUCAUGAGAGUAAGCAGAAGCUGUUUGUUGACGAGGAGGAGAUCAAGAAUGAGUAUUACCCGGAGACAGAGCAACUGUUGAAAGAUGCAACCGGCGCAUCUAAAGUAUUCAUCUUCGACCACACAAUACGUCGUCCCGAAAACAUUAAUGGUCAAAAUGUCCCCGGCGGCCCUCGCGGUCCCGUCCAGCGCGUCCACAUCGACCAAAGCUACCAAGCAUCAGAGAAUCGGGUGACAUACCACCUCCCCGACGAAGCCUCAACUUUACUCAAGGGUCGCUUCCAAAUCAUCAACGUCUGGCGACCCAUAAAAACAAUCUACAAGGACCCCCUCGCCGUCGCAGACGCGCACUCCGUGCCCGAUACCGACCUCGUCCCCGUAAAACUGAUAUACCCCCACCGCGAAGGCGAAACGUACACCGUCAGACCCAAUAAGGCGCAUAAAUGGUAUUAUCGGUAUGGGCAGACACCUGAUAUUGUGACGUUGAUCAAAUGUUUUGAUUCGAAGGUGGAUGGGAGAGCGAGGCGGGUUCCGCAUACGGCUUUUGUGAAUCCGGAGACUGCAACGGGUGAGUACGCGGAGAGAGAGAGUAUUGAGAUUAGGGCUUUGGUGUUCCAUCCUGAGGAUACUGAAUGA